GUAGAAAAAACCCACCCCUCAACUACCAUUCCUCUACUAAAUUUCUCUCUCUCUCUCUCUCAUAACUAUUAUUCCUUCGUUCUUAUCCCAGACCAGAAGGGCCACUGUCUCUUUCUUAUCACAUCUCCUAUUUAUACUUAGAUGUUAAUUGGUUUUGUUACUCUCUAUCCUCUCUGUUUUUGUUUUUCAAUUCUCCCAUAUGGCUGAGAUGACUCACUCCUCAUCAGUCUCCUCUUCUUAUUCUUCCGUUAAUUCAACAGAGGAAAGUAGCAAAUUAGAAUUUAAGCUUGAUUUUUCAGAAGAUGAAGAAGCCCUUAUUACUAGGAUGUUUAAUCUUGUGGGGGAAAGGUGGACUUUAAUUGCUGGAAGAAUUCCUGGAAGAACAGCAGAGGAGAUAGAGAAGUACUGGAGUACAAGAUACUCCACAAGCGAAUAAAAAGUAAUGAUAUGAAAUGAAAGAAAGGAAUAUAUGUUUGGUGUUUCUUCAUAUUGUGGUGAAAUUUUUGGAGGAACUGUUAGGAUCAAGUUUUGGUGUUACUUCAUAUUGUGGUAUCUCUAAUAUUUGUAGUUUGUAUGAUCAUAUGGUUCUUGGUAUGUAAAAUGAUGUAAUGGUUGAACUUUUUCUUCAUCA